AUGAACACUCAGCAGAUGGAGCAGAUGGGCCAGUUCAAGAUCACAGUCUGGGAGGAGGAGAACUUCCAGGGAAAGCGCUGUGAGUUCAUGCUGGAGUGCCAAAACAUCAUGGAGAGGGGCUUCAACAAGAUCCGCUCCAUCAAGGUGGAGAAUGGACCUUGGGUGGGUUUUGAGUACCCAGAAUUCCAGGGCCAGCAGUUUGUCCUGGAGAAGGGAGACUACCCUCGCUACGAGGCCUGGAGCGGAAACAGCAGCUACAGAACCGAGCACAUGCUUUCCUUCAGACCCAUCAAGUCCGCUAACCACAGUGACAGCAAGGUGACCAUGUACGAGUGUGAGGACUUCCAGGGCCGUAAGUUUGAGAUGUGCGAUGACUACCCCUCCCUCCAGGCCAUGGGCUGGUGCAGCAAGGAGGUUCCCUCCAUCAAAGUCAACUCGGGAGCCUGGGUGGCCUACCAGUUCCCUGGUUACCGUGGCUACCAGUACAUCCUGGAGAGAGACAGACACCAGGGCGAGUACAGAAACUACAACGAGUACAGCACCCAGGCUCACACCAACCAGGUGCAGUCCAUUCGUAGGAUCCAGCACUAAGCCUUCUUUCUGCCUGCCGGACCAAACCAAGAAAAGAAAAAAAACUCCCGCAUAACCCCGUUCCUCAACUUGAACCCCUGACAGACCGCUUUCACAGAACAGACUCUUUCCACCACUCUGUGGCUCUGCAUGUAUGGAUAUCUAGGUACUAGUUAUUCUACCACAUGCUGCUCUUGAAAUAGGAAAUAAAAGCUUUUCUUCAACACCA